AUGAGGAAAGAAAGACAAAAAUUUAGGUUAGAAAAACUAGAAAAAUGUAUCCAGAAAACAGGCGGAGUAAGGAAAGCAUUAAAAGAACUAUCAGGAAAGCGAGACUGGAUACCCAACAUGAAAGACAGAAACGAUAGAAACACGACCAGAAGAUCAGAAAUAAUUACAACAGCAACAGACUUCUUUAAAAAAUUAUACUCAAGCCAAAUCACUACACCAAAAAUAGAUUUAUCUGGACAGGAAGAAGUACCACUAAUAAUGAUGGCAGAGGUACAAAAAGCGAUAUCAACACAAAAGAAAGAUAAAGCUUCUGGUUCUGAUGGCAUCACUAACGAAUUCCUUAUGGAAAACAAAGACACCAUGGCACCGAUAUUAGUACACAUAUUCAAUGAAAUCCUAAAGAGCGAGCAUAUUCCGCAUCAGUGGAGUACGUCGACAAUAAUAUUACUACACAAGAAAGGGAACAAAAAUGACAUCAACAACUACAGGCCAAUCAGCCUGAUGUCUAAUAUUUAUAAAGUUUUUGCUAAAGUGAUCCUAGGUCGAAUAAGUAAAAAGCUCGAUGAAAACCAGCCUAGAGAACAAGCGGGAUUCCGGAGUGGGUAUUCAACAUUAGACCACAUACACGUAGUCAAGCAACUUUUCGAGAAAGCAAUGCUUGGAGAAUUAGUCGAGGAAAGUCGGAAGGUAGGACUGAUUAUGAACACUCAGAAGACUAAAGCUAUGACUAACGAUAUAAAAUACCCCAUAACUAUUAACAGCAACACUAUUGAAUAUGUUGAUGAAUACGUUUACUUAGGCCAAAUAAUAUCGCCGUCAGACCUCACUUCAAAAGAAAUAGAAAGACGAAUAGCCAAUGCAUGGAAAAGGUACUGGAAUCUAAAAGAAGUGAUGAAAAACAAUGAAACAAGCAUGACCAUUAAAAGGAAACUCUUCAACACCUGCAUCCUCCCUGUCCUUACAUACGGAUGUCAAACAUGGGCCCUAACAAAGGCACAUGCUCGAAAAUUAGAAGUUUGUCAAAACGCUAUAGAGAGGAGCAUGACGGGGAAAAGAUUAUCAGACAAAAUAAGAACAUCAACAAUUAAAAAACAAACUCAAUUAAAGGAUGUCUCAGUUACAAUAAGGAAACUUAAAUGGAAGUGGACGGGGCAUACUAUAAGAGGACAGGAGAAAUGGUGUAAAACUAUAAUGUACUGGUAUCCGAGAGACAGAAAAAGAAACCGAGCGCCGGCGGACACGGGCCAGCGCUGCAGCGUGUAG